AACAUGUACUAAUCGCUCUCAAUUCGCUCAUUUCAUAUCGGGUACAUCGCAAAAAAACACAUAAUGAUUGGUGCUUUAAUAUUUUUUUCUGUCUCAGUUUAUUUUUUAGUAAUAUUUUACAAAAAUGCUUUUAAGAAACUACCUAAUUUUCCUCCAGGUCCUCCCAGCUUACCCGUCUACGGCAGUUACUGGAUCAUAUUGGCCGCCGCGAAAAACAACCUAGCUUUAGCAUGCAAAAGAAUUGGCAGUUGGUACAACACGAAAAUUAUAGGAACCUUCGUAGGGAAGAUACCGACGGUGAUCGUCAAUGAUCCGGAGCUGAUCAGGGAUAUGUUGCACAAACCUGAGUUAGAUGGGCGUAUGGACAUUACCUUGGGUCGGAUGAGGGCUUAUUGGAAGCGGCUAGGUCUUUUUUUCACGGAUGGCUUCUUCUGGCAUGUGCAAAGGCGUUUUUCCUUAAGGUAUAUGAGAGACUAUGGCUUUGGAAGACGAGACGAAACCUUAGAACAAGUCGUCGAAAGUGAAAUUAAAGAAAUUUUUGAUAUAAGACUGAACGGACCUAAAAAUGAUGCCGAGAAGGAUAUGGUGAAGGGUGAUUUGGUAUAUAUGCCUCACUUCUUGGCUACGCCAUUCAUAAAUGGGAUACUACACGUCGUAUCCCGUAUGACUUUACCCAGGGAAAAGUAUGGAUAUGUAUGGGAACUAGCCAAAGGAACCCUUCUAUUCCAAAGGAGUUCGAAUGACCUUGGAGGCGCUCUGACGUUUACUCCGUGGCUUAAAGAUGUAAUGCCUAAUUAUAGUGGUUAUAAUGAUCUGAAGAAAGGUCACCAAUAUUUAUUAGACUUCUUUACGAAUCUCGUGAAAGAAAUUAUGUCCACGUUUGAUUCGUCUCAUCCCCGCCAUUUUCUUGACGAAUACAUUCGGCAAAUGAAGAAAGAGCAAAACGAAAAAAGAUCAACUUAUUCAGUGGAACAACUGAUUUUAACAUGUGUGGACUACAUGUUCCCGGCUGCGACAGCCCCACAGGCGGUACUGGCGAUGUUGUUGGAGAGGCUUGUGAUGCAGCCGGAGCUCCAGGAUCGACUCCAUGAGGAGGUGGACCGCGUAGUCGGCAGUGGCCGGCUGCCAAACCUCGAUGACAAGAUCAAGAUGCCAUUUACGGAGGCCUGUAUCCGCGAGCAGAUGAGGAUGGACACACUAGUGCCUCUGGGAGUGCCGCAUCGGGCCACUGAGCCCACUACUUUCCACGGUUACAACAUACCGGAGGGCACUAUGUUUACUGCAAAUUAUCCGAUGCUGCACAAAGAUGAGGUCAUCUGGGGAGAUCCAGAAGUCUUCAGACCAGACCGAUUCAUCGUCGAUGGGAAGCUGGAUGUCUCAAAGGACAAAUCACUGCCAUUUGGUGCAGGUCGACGGUUAUGUGCUGGUGAAACGUACGCCCGUCAAACGAUGUUCCAAGUGUUCGCAGCUCUGGUGCAGAACUUCCGCGUCGAACGCGCCCCGGGCUCCGCCCCUAUGCCCGCUCCUCGUAUGCAAGGCAUCAUCACCACCAUACCCGACUACUGGAUCAAACUCACACCCAGGCAUUAAGUUAAUUAGACGUUCAAUAUGUACACAAGAGAAAUUUUGACUAUGAUUCAUAAGUAAAUAAAGCAUCCAAUCAUCACGUACGUUUAUGUAAUACAGUAUUUAAGACCAA